ACGCUCGAGGGCUAUAGCGGUUCGGUCCGCUUAGUGGCCUUCUCUCACGACUUAACGCGGCUGGCGUCUGCGUUAGACGACGAGACAGUUAAGAUCUGGGAUGCGAGCAGUGGCGAGUGCCUGCAGACGCUCGAGGGCUAUAGCGAUGCGGUUAACUUAGUGGCCUUCUCUUACGACUUAACGCGGCUGGCGUCUGCGUUAGACGAUAAGACAGUUAAGAUCUGGGAUACAAGCAGUAGCGAGUGCCUGCAGACGCUUAACGUUGGCAAGGUGCCUAGCAAUAUAUUAUUUAACACUACUGGCUUAUAUCUUCACACUAAUAUUAGUACUAUUAGUGUUAAUUUAAACGGGCAGGUAUAUAAUAUUUAUUUCCUGUUAUAUAUUUAA